AUGAGCAAUUCUGGGGGCGAUGCCGCCAUCAUCGUGGGGUACCUGCUUGCGACGCUGGCAAUCAGCAUCAUGGGCCUCCGGCUCUAUAUGCGCCGCUAUCGACGACAGUCCUUCGUCAUCAGCGACUACAUAACCCUUUUCUGCUGCCUUCUUUUGGUCUAUAUCAUGAAUAUCACUCUUGUUUUCGGGACGCUUGGUAACGUUGCCGUCACAUAUAUGGCGGGCGAAGUACCGAGUCGCGCCGAUAUUAAGCGUUCCCAGAUGAGCAGCAAAGUCACUUAUGCUGGUGCGAUCAUCUACUUCACCUAUAUUUGGUGCCAGAAGGCCGUCGUUCUCUGCUUCAUCAACCGACUUCUAGGGGUGCUUCCGUGGCCAUACAUAUGGAUUCGCGUUAUGUGGGCCAUACUAUGCGUCACCUAUAUAACGUUGCUCCUUCUCUUCCUCACCGUAUGCAGACCACUGAGUCUGUACUUCCAGGUCUAUCCCGAUCCAGGUCCUUGUAUCAGAUCGACAUACCACAUAUCGGCCCAUGCCGUUUUCAACUGUGUCACCGACUUAAUGCUGAUUAUUCUUCCGAUUCACUGGCUUCUUAAGAUUAGGCGUCCCUGGUACAAACGGGCCCAGCUCAUUGGCCUCUUCUCCAUCGGCAUAGUCCUCGUGGUGAUUUCUGCUCUUCGUUUCCCAUUCCACCAAGGUUCACUCGACACUUCCUUGCAGACAAUAUUGAGCCCCAUAGAGGAACUUCUUUCGGCCCUAGUUGCCAACGUGCCCACAUUGUACAGCCUCCGACGGGCCAGGCAGCCAGAGACGCCCCCACACCCUACGCAACCACCCCCGAAGAGAUUCCCACGAGCGGUCGACAGCAUCAUAAUCAUGCAGACUGUGGAUGUAGAGGAAUCCCGUACGGAUGAUCAGACACUCUCCACGACAAUAACCGAUCGAGCGUUAUCCACUACUAUGGCCGAUCGGGACCUGAACGACGACAGCGACGGACACCUUGUUCGCAAUGGUCCAGAAUGA